ACGAUUUGGAUUGAAAGAUGCAGGGUAAUGAGCUAAGCACUGGCCUCAGCAAAUCGGACACGUCGGCAUCAUUGACUGCGCCCAUAUCCAUCCGCCACCCAGUUUUUUUCCGCCAAUGUUAAAAUAAUGAUUGCUCUCAAGACUACGUAGCAUGCCCUUAAAAACCCGUUCUUUACAUUCACAUGUUCUCUGCUUCGCCAGUUUCUUGUUUGAGAAAAAAUUGAAACUUUCUUCUUUUGCAGAUGUGCUGUGAAAUUUGAUAUAUUAAAGAAGUGAGAAUAAGAAGAUGGCAAAGGGUUCGAAAUGCCAGUUCAUUUUCCUGGCUACUUUGUUAUUGGUGGAUACUAUUCAAAGUUAUUUAAUGUCUGGGACAGAUGAAAAUGGGGUGAAAACUCUUGUCUAUUUGUCACCUAAGUUUGAGCUCGGACCAGGAUCAGUGAUUAAUAAGUAUUACUAUGACAUUGAUUUCCCAAGAGGCCAUAUUGCUGUUAAGAGUUUCGAUGCUGAAGUGAUUGAUGAGGCAGGAAACUCCAUCCCACUUUAUGAAACUUAUCUCCAUCACUGGGUUGCUGUAAAUUAUUACCAACGUAGAGGUGUUGAAACGCCCAAAUACCAUAGCAGCGUUGGUUUUCAGAAGUCAAAUUACAUUUCAGCUGGGAAUAAUGGGGUCUGUGCACAAGUACUUUCCCAGUUUUUUGGCCUGGGAUCUGAGACACGAAAAACAAGCAACAAUGUACCAGAUCCUUAUGGUAUAGAAUUUGGUAACCCUGCAGUGAUACCUGCUGGUUAUGACGAGAAAUGGCUUCUCAAUGUGCACGCAAUUGAUACACGGGGUGCAGAAAAUAGGUUAGGAUGCACCGAGUGCAGGUGUGAUCUCUAUAAUGUUACUGUGGAUGAAUAUGGCCAUAACCUGGACCCAAGUUACGUUGGAGGCUUGCGAUGUUGUUAUGAUGAGACCAGAUGCAGGUUGAAAGAAGGGUUUCAAGGUGUGAAGCGAAGCCUUUACUUGAAGUACACUGUAACAUAUGUUGAUUGGCAUAGCUCCAUUGUGCCUGUUAGAGUGUAUAUAUUUGAUGUGACAGAUAGAUGGAAAAGGUCUGAUGGAAUCAGUUCAAGACAUGACUGUCUGAUUGAGUAUGAUGUCGAGUCUUGCCCAGCUGGUGUUACAAAAGGUGGUUGCGUUCAUACUAAAAGUGUAAGCAUAAUUCUGCCUGCUGGUGGCAACGUCAUCUAUGGUGUUGCACACCAGCAUACAGGAGGAGUUGGUUCAACUCUUCAUGGAGAGGAUGGAAGAGUUAUAUGCUCGUCACUUCCAAUUUAUGGAGAAGGGAAGGAACCAGGAAAUGAGGCUGGUUACAUUGUAGGGAUGUCUACGUGUUAUCCUCAACCUGGUUCUGUGAAGAUAUCCAAUGGGGAAACUCUGACUGUAAAAUCUUAUUAUAGCAGUGAACAAGGGCAUACAGGAGUCAUGGGACUUUUUUACAUAUUGGUUGCAGAUUCAGACUCGUCCGCAAAACUUAACUCUUCCCAGCAUGCUCCAGUUGGAAUACAUAAGAGAGUGUUGACGCCCGAUUUUAUCGUGGGUAUGGCGCUGCUAGGAAUUGCAGUUCUUGCUGCUGUUAUUGUUGCUUAUCAGAGAAGAAACCAAAGAGGGGAUAACUACGAACCAAUAACGAUGUGAGCUUGUCUAUCUUAAUUUUGAUGUCUGUUGUAUCACCAUCUUUAGAUGGUUUUAAGUUCUCUCGUCUCCUCCAUGUCCUCUUUGUCAACAGUGUAAACCACUUCGUAUACAUGUACUUUCUGUGGCAAUAAUAUGGCAAGAAUUUGUUUGGUUGUAACUGGCAGCCAUAUGUGUGUGUAAAA